AAUGCCAUAGACAUGUGACGAUUUUCAACCAACAGUUGGUACUAGAAUUGUAACCUUAUCGCUUGAAGUGCCAAAUUCGGGAUCGUCGGCAUCUCGAAAUAACAAAUAGUUUUAAAUUUGUUAUUGUCAUAAUGUCUUUUAGUACACAUCAGUUGUUGUUGAUAACUCAUUCAUUGAAACGUGAAGAGAAAUCAUGAUGAAGUAAAGUAAAGUGUAUUUCCGGAGACAGCAAAAAAUAUCCAGCAACAGAAUCACUGAAUCGAAGAAGAAUAUUAUUAGAAGUUUUCUUAAGAAUUCCAACAUGGUUCAAAUAGAGAAAUUUGAUACGUUAGAAAGAGUACAAUCGCAAACACCAAAAAACUUUUUUGGAAAGAGACAUGUACAGUAUCUAUUGUUAUUUAGUGUAAACGUUUUAGCUUAUGGACUAAGAAAUAUUUUGAAUCUAGCGGUUAUUGCCAUGAUUAGUACAUCGCCGCCCGAAGGAGUAAAAACUUUUCCAGAAUGGUCGGAAAGCAAAAAUGUGAUGUUAUCAUCUUUCUUUUGGGGUUACGUACUGACUCAAAUCCCAGCAGGCCAACUUGCCGAACGGUUUGGUCCUAAAUUGUUUCUAUCGGGGGCCAUAAUAAUUUGCUCAUUAUUUUCAAUACUCAUUCCUAUUUUUGGGGCUUAUUUUGGAUAUAUUGGUGUGAUGGUAUGUAGGAUAAUACAAGGACUGAUGCAAGGAUUCAUAUACCCAUCAAUUCAUCAUUUAAUUAGCGCAUGGGUCCCAUUAAGUAGCCGAGCCAAAAUUGCUGGAUUUGUUUAUGCAGGCGGACCACUUGGUACUGUUAUCGUUAUGCCAAUCGUCGGAUACAUAUCUGGUUCAAAAUUGGGUUGGCAAACGGUAUUUUACCUACUCGGAGGCAUCGGAUUCACAUGGACUGCUUGUUGGAUGUUCUUUGGUUUAGAUAGCCCUCACCAUCAUAAAACUAUUUCACCGGAGGAACUUAAAUUCAUCCAAGACGGUGUUGUUUCCAACAAAAAGAAGGAGCAACUGCCGACUCCAUGGAGAGACAUCCUGACUUCCGUACCAUUUUGGGCAAUUUUAAUCUGCCACUUCGGUGAUCUCUGGGGUUUCUGGACGUUGCUUACAGAAAUACCAACGUACAUGGACAAAAUUUUAAAGUUUGACAUUGCAUCGAACAGUACUUUGUCCGCUCUACCAUAUCUUAUCUAUUGCCUGUUGAAUUUGGUGAUGAGUCCUAUUGCUGAUUACCUUAUUACCAAUAAGAUCACAUCUGUCGGUGCUAGUAGAAAAAUAUUUAACAGUAUAGGUGUAUUCAUACCAGGUAUUGCCCUUAUUGUUCUUUGUUUCAUUGGUUCCGAAGAGAGAGCCUUAACAGUAUUCAUGUUGGUAGUGGCAGUUGGCGUUAAUACUGCUAUUCUUAUCGGGUUUCACGUAAAUCAUAUAGAUAUUGCCCCUAAUCAUGCGGGUACUCUUAUGGGAAUUACAAAUGCUAUAGGAAAUGUAGCUGCAAUUUUAGCUCCUUUGGCUGUGGAUCUGUUCAAAAAAGUUGGAGGUUAUGAAGAAAGUGAUAAACAACUGUGGAAUAUUGUUUUCAUAACUGCGUCAGUACUGUUCAUCACAACGGGUAUCUUUUAUGCUGUCGGAGCAUCAGGAGAGGUUCAAAAAUGGAAUGAUAAGCGACCAAAACAAGAAGAAAAUGUACCAGAGAAAGAACCCAUGUAUCAGAAUGGUACUUGAUGGUUACAUUUUUUUGUGUCGAGGAAAAAAAUCAAAAUAGUUAAUAGACCAAAGUCGAAAUUACUAUUAGUAAUUGUCUUUGUUGAAAUGUCUUAUUCAUUUUCGGACUUACACGGUUUUUAUUUGAUAAGGUUUUUUAGAACAGAAAUUAUUUAUUUUAAAGUUUUUUAGAGAAAAUUUCAUAUUUUUCUAUUUGAAAACCCUAAGGCAGUUUUUACCAGAUAAAGAAAGACUUGAUGGUACUAUGAACUGUUCCUUAUAGUCCAAAUUUUUAUACUUGCUCUGGGAAUUUGAUUUUGUGCUACAUUUGUGUAUUUUUAUCUACAUAAUUCUAGAAUAAAAUAACGAAUUAUAUUAAAGAAGAGAUGCUAUAUUAUGAUUGAAUUGUAAACCAAAGAAUAACUUGUUUAUAACAGGAAAAUAAUAUACUGGACUGAUUUAUUUGUAGGUUUAUAAAUUUUUGUUAAAUAAUAUUUAGAUUGAUUGUUAGAAUAGUUCAUGCAAUUCUUGCUGUUUCAUUUUUACUUAAAAAUAUUGAGAACUCUUCAACCAAUAAUAAAAAUUUUUGAAUUGUAUGAAACUUUAUUAUCAAUGCACAAAUGUAACCAAAAAAGAUUUUUUUACAAUAAAGAUGAAUUUUAUAUAA